AUGAGCAAAAUUGGAUCAGAAGAUGAGGUGAAGUUGUUGGCGAUGGUGAUGGAGGUGGAGUCACCUGACAGUGGUGGCUUUUGGAGGGAUCUUAACUCACUGGGAGAAGGGAUGAUGGGAAGCCAUUUGGGCCAAGUGUUGAGAAGCCUUUGCUUCAACACUGGUUGGAAGUAUGCAGUUUUCUGGAAACUCAAGCAUCGAUCACGAAUGAUGUUGGCAUGCGAGGAUGCCUAUUACAACAACAACCAAUACCCAGAAAGGAAGUGGUUCAAUGAGAUUGUGAGCAGCGACCAUGAUGGUCUUUUUUCACAUGAUCCUCUCGGAUUAGCUGUGGCCAAAAUGUCGUAUCAAGUAUACUCUCCAGGGGAAGGCAUUGUUGGGCAGGUGGCAGUUUCUGGGAAGCAUUCGUGGGUUUUUCUGGAGAAGCAUGUAGCGGAUUCUCCCUCCACAUCCGAGUGCUUUGAUGGUUGGCAAGAUCAGUUUUCAGCUGGGAUCAAGACCAUUGCAGUGGUGGCUGUCAUUCCACAUGGAGUUAUACAGCUUGGCUCCUUAAAUAAAAUUGCAGAGGAUCCAAAGCUGGUCAGCCAUAUCAGACAUGUCUUUUCUAUGCUUCAAGAUUCUUUAGCUGGUUUUAUUCCCCAAUCAAGACAAAGUAGCAUGGAGAAUUCUUGUCUGUCAGAUAUCUGCACAAGAACUUCAGGUUCAGCAGGUUUUCAUGGCAGCAGCGUAACCAAUAUGGAUAGAUUAUUUCACGAGGACGAGAUGAAUAUGUGGUCUCAGAUAUUUCCAUGUCUUGGGAAACCUCGUCAUCAUUCUUAUUUUCUUCCUCCACCUGAAAGUUUUUCCAAUAGGGAACAGAAACAAGUAGAGCUGGAAUCUUUUACCGAGACAGUAUGUGAAGGGUGUAAUUUGUAUAAUGCCACUCUCCCGACCAAUAACUCUGAUAUGGAUAUGCCAUACUUUCCUUCAGAAAGCCUCGACCCUGCAGCUUGCAAGGAUCAAGCUGGGGUCUGUGGUGCGCAAGAGCUUUUCAAUAUGCAGUUGAGUCAAGAUUCAGGGAAGAACUUGGAAUCAAUCACUAAGUCUAAUCAAGUUGAUUCACAAGGUGCACCCACAAGAUUUUCUGCUGGCGAUGAGCUGUAUGAAGCACUAGGAUCCUCUUUCAGGAAGCAGAAAACCUGCUGUGAUAGGGAGGUGGAAAAAACAGGGUCAGAAAUGGCUAUUGGGAUUUCUGAGGGAAUGGGCAGUAGCAAUUUGUUGAUAGCGAACUAUGAUUCUGAGGACCUUCUGGAUGCAGUGGUGGGUAAAAUUAGUCAUGAUGCAGAUGAUAUUUAUAGUGAGAAAUCCCUGUUGACAGCUGAAAAAACAUUGGAGACUUUCAAAAGUGAUGUGGUCACUAUUAGUUCGGCAGGUUAUUCAUUUGAUCGAGAGUCAAUGAACAGCUUGAAUUCCUCAACCACAUAUGGUGUUCAGUCUAUUAAAGGCUUUUCAUCAACCAGUUCUAGUAGAGGGAGUGAAUAUUCGAAGAGGACACAAGAACAGGUUAAGAUAACCAAAAAGAGGGCCAGACCUGGUGAAAGUUGCAGGCCUAGGCCAAGGGACAGACAGUUGAUCCAAGAUCGAAUCAAGGAACUGCGAGAGCUUGUUCCCAAUGGAUCAAAGUGCAGUAUUGAUUCACUUUUGGAGCGAACAAUUAAGCACAUGCUUUUUAUGCAAAGUACAACAACACAUGCCGACAAGCUAAAUAGAUGCUCAGCAGCAAAGUUGCUUGACAAGGACAUGGGUAUAGGAUCUUCCUGUAAUGAUCAAGGUUUGACCUGGGCUGUGGAAGUGGGAAAUGAACCGAAGGCUUGCCCGAUAGUUGUAGAAAAUAUAAAUAUGAACGGGCAAAUGCUGGUGAAGAUGAUAUGUGAAGAACACAGCCAUUUUCUUGAGGUAGCAGAAACCAUCAGAAGUUUGGGUCUGAUAAUCUUAAAAGGUGUAACAGAAGCCUACGGAAAUAAGAUGUGGAUGUGCUUUGUGGUUGAGGGACAGAAAAAUCGAAGCAUGCAUCGGAUGGAUGUAUUGUGCUCACUAAUGCACCUUUUGCAAAUGGAGAAAACUAACUAG